GCUUCAUAAAAUUAUUAUUAUGUUGAAUAAACAGUGACAUGUUUUAUUUAUUGGUAAUUUAUGACGUGCAAUUGAUGUGGAAUUUACUCCUGUCUUAAUGGUUUCGAAAGCUUACUGUGAAAUAAUUACAAAAGUCUUAUAUUAUAUAAUUCUGUUGUGAAAGUGUUUUUGACAUUAAGGUCACAUGUAUAAUGUUGAUAGAUUAAUACCUCAUCAAAACGGUCAUAACUAAACAAAAACGAGUUUGGUGUAUUGUGACAAACAGAACCUGACAAGAAGAAAUGAGUAAUGCUGCAGGGCCUGUUUUGAAUAAUUUGCCACCUGGUGUAAAUCCUGAAAAUAAUAUACUACCCGGAGGACCUGUUAUAAACCAAAUAAUGAAUCGAAAUAGAAAUAAUAAUCAAAAUCCACUUUUUAAUGUUAGAGAGAGGCUUUUUCAUGCAUUAUUUUUCAAGUUUGCUGUUGCAUAUGCAAGAACUUUUCCAAGACCUGUACGAAGGUUUUUUGAAUUCCUGGUGCUAUUGAAGGCACUUGUUGCUUUCUUUGUUCUUGCUUACAUUCAUAUAGCAUUUUCAAGAACACCAACAACGUGUCUCAAUCAUGUAAAGGACUCUUGGCCUAGAGAUGGCAUACUCCGAGUAGAAAUAUUAAGAAAUCCAUCACAAGAUUAUACUAUUGAACAGAGCUAUGCAAAGGAAAAAAAAUUGAAAAAAGAUAAGGAGGAAUUUAAUUCGGUGUUGGGGAUGUUGGCUACUGAAGGGUUCAUUAACAUAGAGUCAUCAUCUAGCAAUAACAUACAGGAUGAAUAUUUAAGUGAUGGCCAUGAUUAUGGAAACCUAUCAUAUUAUGAAGAACCUACAGAAGAUACAGCAGAUGACCACGUCAUUGAAACGGUCUAUUUAUUGAAGAGCAAGGAUGAUGCAGCAUCUGAUGACCGUGAACCUGACCUGAAUACUACAAUCUACCCUGAGGUAGAUGCAGAACCAUCUACAUCCAUAUGGGAGGGUAUUAUGAGCCUUGUAGAGGAUAUAGAUGGCGAUUCAAAAUUGUUUGAUGAGUCCCUUGAUGAGGCAGCUACUAAUGAUUCCUCAAAAGAUGAAGAUUAUAUACUCGAGUACUCACUUGAAUAUGGCUUUUUACGGCUAUCGCCAAGUGCUCGUUUACGCCUCAAGAUUCCUGUAAAAAUCGUAACUUUAGACCCUCAGAAGGAUGAAUGCUUUGGAGAUACAUUUUCGCGUUUUGUUCUUGAUGAAUUUCUUGGCUACGACGACCUGCUUAUGGCCUCUAUAAAGACCUUGGCCGAGCAAGAGGAUAAUAAAGGUUAUUUGAGGAACGUAAUCACUGGGGAGCAUUACCGCUUUGUCUCCAUGUUAACGGCGCGCAGUUCUUACAUAGCUGCGUUCUUCAUAAUGCUCGUUUUUACUGUUUCCAUUUCGAUGCUGCUUCGAUAUGCGCACCAUCAGAUCUUCGUGUUUAUAGUGGAUUUACUACAAAUGCUCGAGUUCAACGUAACAGUGUCGUUUCCUGCUGCGCCAUUGCUCACCGUUAUACUGGCCUUAGUCGGUAUGGAGGCGAUAAUGUCAGAGUUCUUCAAUGAUACCACCACCGCCUUCUACAUCAUUCUGAUCGUGUGGAUUGCCGAUCAGUAUGAUGCGAUCUGCUGCCAUACAGCCAUCGCCAAACGACAUUGGUUGAGAUUCUUCUACCUAUACCACUUCUCGUUCUACGCAUACCAUUACCGGUUCAACGGCCAAUACAGUAGCUUGGCACUUGUGACAUCGUGGCUCUUUAUACAACAUUCCAUGUUGUACUUCUUCCAUCACUACGAGUUGCCUGUAAUACUACAACAGGCGCAAUUGCAACAACUACUCUUACGUACUCAUCACGGUAUGGGCGGUAUGAUGGGGUUAGCCGGAAUUGCAGCCUUAGCAAGUGGCGCUGCUUACCACGACGCACCCGGGACAGCUACACAAGCUACACCACCCACAACGCAAUCGACAACCCAAACAAUUCAAAAUACUACUCAAUCUACUACUCAGACAUCACCUUCGGUUUCAACAGCACAAACGAAUACUAUAAAUAUGGACGAAGUUAUAUCUUCUAGCACGACUUCUACUGAAACUAACGCGAGUGGUACCAAUACAACUUCAGCUAAUGAAAACUCGGAAAGGGAUUUAACAUCCACUAAUUACAAUGAUGAACUUAGGAAUUCCGAUAAAAGCAACUCUGUAAAUCCGAUUGGCGAAAGUGGAAUUAAGAUCGAGGAAGUCGCUAGAAAAAAAUCUGAUAGUGAUAUCAAAAUCAUAAAAAGCAGCAACUCGGCUACCGACGAUCUUGAAAACACUAAGGAACUUUUUUCUGGCGGAGCUAAUGAUCAAAAAGUUAGCGUCAGCGUGGCUAGUGUUGACGCUUCAACUUUAGACCGUAGACGAAAGCAAAACAUAGACUUAUCGGAUGACGAUCCGCCCCAAUCGAAUAUGGACGGAAUGAGUACGACGAAACUUGCUCCCAGAGCUUCCCCCGAGGCUGACGACUUAGAUUAGAUUCUAAUUAUAUUGAUUAUAUAUUGCUUUGAAUAUGGAUAUUUAGUUUAUAUAUGUAUCUAUUUCAGAUUAGAUAAAAAUAUAAAACCUUGAUCGUAAAAAUAGUAAUUUAUUUACCUAAAAUCUGUUUACAUGGUACUUACUUAAAACAACUUAUCACAAAAUUGUUUAUGUGAAAAUUACAAUAUCUUAACACAGAAUACAAUUUAAUUAUUUCCAAAUAAAUGUAAAAGCAAUUGAUAAAAUUUGUGAUGUUAAAGAAAUUAGGAUUGAUGUAAUUUGCAAUUUUAACACUUAUCUAUUAUACUUGUUGUGUGUGUAACUCUAUAAUUUAUAAAAGUUUCUAUGUAGUAAGAACAAAUAGUUUUCUAAUAUCGUCAGAUGUUAGAUUCUACUUUAUCAUGUGCGUGUUUAUACUGAAUGUUGUUAGACCUGGCCUCCACUUUGACUAAAGUGUUAGAUACACAGCAAAAAUUUGAUAUAUUGUUAAUUUAACAUAACUCGAAUUAAAACAAUCUGUGGGGGCUUAGUGCGGUUGUAAAAUUAUCACCCAAAUUUAUUACUAUAAAAAAAUGACAUGCUUUUGCUUAAAGUAAUAUAUUACGCGAUACUUCUGUUAGGUACACCUGACAAGUGUUUGUACCCAAAUACUUGUCAGGUGUACCUAAAGUUACCAGGAGGGAUAGUAUUUAGUAACAUACUUUUGUGAGACUGAAAUUUUAAAGAAAUAUUUUUGAAAUACUGAUUUAAGCAACUACCAAUAGACCACAGGUCAGUGUUGAUUAGUAUAUUUGCUUUUCAUCAGGAAAGCUUCCCCCAAUUCCUUCUCAUGUAAGACGCGCUUUCCUACACGGCCUCAAGCUAAUUCUACCUGUGCAACGACCCUAGCGACGUAUCUGGUCUAGGACUCCACCAUUAAGCAAGUAUCGACCUCGGAGGGUGAAGAAAGCGGCCGAUAAAAAUACUGAUACGACAUUGUCACCGCGGCCUCAACACCAUUUUAGCGGUGAGGCCUUGCCUGAGUAGCAGGAACCCCCGUAAUGCUUCUGGGGGGAAAGGCUUAUAAGCAUCUACUUCUUAAACAAAUAUUGACCCUUUAUUCAAGUAUGUAAUGUAUGAAGGGUCGAUGCAGAUUAUGUCUAAAUAUACAACCUGUUGUUCGAGCUACCCUCUCUUUCUCGUAUAUUUAUCCGCAUUGUCCUGUCUUAUCUCAUUUGGAAAGAUUGUUUUGUAUAAAUUAAAAAAAUUUAAUGCCAGUCUUCUAAAAGCAUGUUUUUUAUUAUUAUUUUGCAUUAUGGGGCAAUGUUGCAGCCGCAUCAUUUCAGAGGCCAUGAUUUCCUACUUUAACUAUUAUUAACAAUAUGCAGUAGCUUUGUAUCUAACGCGACGCUGCGCGUUAUUCGAAUUGGCGUCCAGCUCUCCGGUUCCAGAAUAUAUUACGCACGUAUCGGCUGUAUAAACUAUUUCUUUGCGUGCCGUUAGUGGCGAUUCUAUGGAUUUACCUAUCGAGUCUAUAAAUGGUGAUUGUAGUAUGUAAGAUGUCACUACCAUUACAUCGUAUUAUGUAAAUAUUUAGGUAAAGAAUUAAUAUUUAUUAGGCACUUAUCGUGUUUUAUCAAGUUUGUAAUUUGUUACUACGAUUAUGCUUAGUGGGUGCGCAGGAAGUUGGCAUACUCUUUUCAAUCAGUGAUUUAGUUCAUUGCAUUAAAUAUUUCGUUUG